GAUAUACAAGCUUCACAAAAACUUCUCUUGAGCUUCAUAGUCAUGGCUUCUCACAAGUUACUCCUCUUGGCCUUGCUUGUUGCACUCCUAAGCAAUACAGGCAAUGCUGCUCGUCGUCUUCUCGAUACUCCGGCAGCGCCGUCGACGCCAACAACGACACCAACUAUUCCAAAUAUACCCACUAUUCCCACUAUACCUACUAUACCGACUAUUCCAACUAUUCCGACUAUUCCGGCAGUCCAAAUUCCUCCAUUGCCAUCUGUACCAAAGCCUACAACACCAGGAAUAGUUAUUCCUACAAUACCAACAACCACAUUGCCUCCAAUUCCAUCUAUUCCAUUGCCAACCAUGCCUACCAUUCCAAAGAUCAGUAUUCCUCCACUGCCUUCUUUCCAAUUGUUAUUCCUACUAUUCCUGGUUUUAAGAUGCCACCUUUGCCUUUUUUGUCACCACCUCCUGCCGCUACUAAGCCUUAAACUCUCAGUUGCAUGCAUUGAUUUGGUGUUGCUUGAGACGUAUGUGGUUUGUAUUUGUGAUGUAACUGGUGCAUUUAGAGCUGUCUACUUGCAAAACUUGCAAGGUAUCAAACACAUGGCUUCUAACAAGAUGUUCCUCUUAGCCUUACUUGUUGUACUGCUAAGCAAUACAGGUGCAGCUCGCCGUCUUCUCGACACUCCGGUGGCACCGACGACACCGACUAUUCCAAAUAUACCCGUCAUACCGACUAUUCCGACUAUCCCGACAACCCAAAUUCCUCCAUUGCCAUCUUUACCAAAGCCUACAAUACCAGGAUUAGUAAUUCCUACAAUGCCAGCAGCUACAUUGCCUCCUAUUCCAUCUAUUCCAUUGCCAACCAUGCCUACUAUUCCAAAGGGUCUUCCUCCAUUGCCUUCUUUUCCAAUUGUUAUUCCUAGUAUUCCUACUAUUCCUGGUUUUAAGAUACCACCUUUGCCUUUCUUCUCACCACCCCCUGCUGCUACUAGUCCUUGAACUAUUAUUCUGGAUGUAUAAUUAAUGAGGAAAUUGGUUCUCAUUUAUUUGGUGUUGUUUGAGCUUUAUAAUUACUACUCAUUGUGGUUGUAUUUGUGCUCUAAUUAGUGUCUACUGCUUAGGCAUGUGUGUUGAUUUA